AUGGACGAGGACAAAGAGUGCCUACUGGAGCAGAUCCACGGCUCAAAAUUGCUAAGGCAAAACCGACGUGGUCGUUGGCUGACGGCCGGCCGCGUCUUCUUCUUCUUCAACAUCCUCUUCCUUGCUGCAGGACUGGGUGUUUGGGUCCACAUCAACAUGCUUCUCAAGAAGUUUACGUGCGACACGAAGACCGCCAAGUUCGAGCCUGAUUUGGCCUAUGAUACUCCGGUGACCUUUGAGACCUAUGCCGUCUAUGGCGCCCAGUCGACAAAUGUCACUGACAGCAUGUGGAAGCGGCUGAGUCCCCCCGGGGAUGGCAUUGUUCAAAUCCCCAACGAAUACACAGCAGGCCUUCGGCCGUCCCGUCCGGCACCGCACAACCCCGAAACCCACACAGUCUACGGCAUCUCUAUGUUCCACCAACUACACUGCCUCAACUUCCUGCACUCCGCCUUCACCCCCGAGGCUGUAGCACAUCUGACUCCCGAUCAGAUCGUUCUGCACCGUGACCACUGCCUGGACUUUAUUCGUCAGGGUAUCAUGUGUGCCGGUGAUUCUACUUUCGAGCCGGUGACGAAGACGGGCAUCAAUGGCAUGGGCGUAACGCACAAGUGCCGCAGCUUUGACAAGAUGUACAGCUGGGCCUAUAAGCACCGCUCGGACAAGCCAACUAGUUAA